AUGACACAAGAAGGUGGUGCAACAAGUACGCCCUCUCUCAACCUAUCUGCUCUAAACAACAACAACAUUUCCAAUAUCACCACUUCUCCAUUAUCAUCUUCUUCAUCUACUUCUUUAUCCACUCCACUCUCUAGUAGAGUCUCACAGCUAAAACAACUCUGGGAAGAAAAUAUUAAAAAAGAGGAGAAUGCUACCUUGAAUAGUCCUUCAACAACACCACGAAAUCCAGUCAAGACGAGACAUUCUGUGCGGAUUGAUUAUUUACCAGUCACGACUGCAACCACACCUGUAACCUCUUCUACUACUACUAGUAAUAAUAACAAUAGUUUUAUAUCCCCUGUAAAGAGUAUUACUUCCAUCAAUAAGAACCUUUCUGCCUAUUUUCAAUCUUCACCAUCAUCUUCGUCAUCAUCUUCUGAUAAACAACAACAACAUGAAAUCACAUCAACAACAAGUAAUAAUUAUACAACUCCAUCAAAAUCCCUAUCCAUACAAAGUAGUAACAAUACCAUACCAGCAGCAACAAGUGAAACAAGGAAAACAACAUCAUCCCUACCUGAAUUCAAUGUGGAUAAAUCAUCAUCAUCAAAUAAGAAGGAAUUAGAAGUAGUUUCAAUUAGUGCUAAUAGUAGUAAACCAUCCCGAGUGAGUCAAACCAUUUUGAAAUUUACUCAACUCAUACAAAAAACAACCUCUAAUGCUACUACUAAUAAGAUUCACAAAUCAAAUGAAAUACUUUCUAAACAACAAGAACAAUCUGUACAGUCUGAAAAUUUACACAAAUCAGAACAAGAGCAACAAUUGCCUUCUCCAAAAGAAAAAGAAGAGAUUUGUGUAGAAAUCAAGCCAAUUUCAGAAGAAAUCAAUGAGAUUUCUUCAAUUGAAACUCUUGAAAUUAACCAUGAAUUAGUUCAACAAGAAGUAGAACAACAACAACAACCUUCAACAAUAACUACUAUUGAUUCAUCAAUAGAAGAAACAUCAGCAAUUACUUUAACAGAAUCAUUUCCAAUCUCCAAACCUGAGGAAGAGAACGAACAAAUUACUGAAACAAUUCCAACAAUAACUCCAAUUAUUGUGGAAACAACAGCUAUUAAUCAAAUCAAUCAACAAGAAGAAAAGGAAAAUAACAUCAAAGAAGAAACAAAACAAGUCAUCAAAACAAUUGUAGAGUCAAUUUUGCAAAAAGUUAGAGAAAGUAAUAACAUAACCAUAGAAAUUGUCUCUCCUCAGUCAGAUAAACAGGAAGGAAACACUAGUACCUUUAGUACCGACUCUACUGAUAAUAUUCUGACAUCAAUUGACACUGUAGAUACGGAAAUGAAUAAUGGAGACUUGACAGAGUCUGGCCACACUUCUUCAAUUAAUGAUGCCAGUAGUGACGAUGAUGCUACUUGUAAUGAUGAGGAAGAAACAUCCUCUCCUGUUGUUGUCAAUUCUUUUAGUGGAAUGGAUAUUAUGAGCUCACACAGUCUCAAAUCUAUUGCUGAAACCAGAAACCAGAUGGAAAGCAAGAGUGGUCAUUUUGCUGAAGCUCUCAGUUCCUCUAGUACCAUUUCAUUCAAUAUUGGAAGUGUUUUUAAAGAUGUAGAAAUUGAAAAGAAUGAAGAUUACGCCAAAUACUUUAGAAAGACUAAUUACAACACGUACCAGGAAAAUAUUAAUUCCAUGUUGGAUGGUGAGAAGCGAAGAUCCAAAUCAGUGGUAAAGAAAAUAUUGGAAUCCCAACUCAUUUCUCAUAAAAUCAAGAGGAUAAUUGAUGAUUAUAGAAAGCAACAAUGGGUUCACAAGCAAAUCUUCCACACCCUGGGAAGUAAAGGUUUUGAGGAUUUCACUUCUCCAAAAACCUACACGGACGAGGAUGAGCUCGAUGAUGAAGAAUUUGAAGAAGUGUUCAAUUGUGGAUUAUUCGAGGAAGGUGAAAGAAUUGUAAAUAGUUUAUACGAGCAAGAAAUAUCAUUCAUUAAUCCUCUCUACGAUGAGGAGUACAUUACAACAAAUCCACUCUUUGAUCCAACUGAGGAUUUAACACUCUGUAUAUAUAACUUUGAGGAGGAUGAAAAGUCCUUUGUGCAAAGAUUGAAGGCAGGAAUAUCGAGACAAAAGAACUUGAUUCGGUCUAAAUUCAAUAGAAUGCAUGCCAAAUCAUUCAGUGGUUCUGAUAUAGUCGAUUGGAUUAAAGAAAAUAGUCAUGACAAGUUUUUGCGAUUAGACGCAGCCUGGUUUGCUCAACAAAUGAUGGACAGAAUGGUUUUUAUCAAUAUGGACAAGUUUACCUCCAAGUUUGAAGAUGAUCCAAAUGUUCUCUACAUUUUCACUGAUGAAUAUGAAAAUUCCAAUACACUCAAUAUAGAUCCAAACAUGAUUGGUGUUUUCGAGCCACAAUCAUCCUUCAUGUCCAUUUACCGAGUCAUUAAACAAGUAGGAAAGGAAAUUAUGAUGAAAUAUGAUCAAAGCUCAAAGUAUAACGAUCUGCCAAUUUUCGACUAUCAAGGUUUUGCUUUCAGUGAACAUUUUGUUACAAUUCUCAAUGAAAUGAGAAAGCUGCAAAAGAUUGACACGACAACAAUGCUUGAUCCUACUUUUAGAAAGUGCUUCUUUAUCAAUAUUCACAACAUUAUGGUAUUGCAUGCUCUGAUAACUUGUGGUAAACCUACCAACUUUUUACUGAGAAAGAGGUUCUUCAGAAAAAAAAAGUACAUGAUUGGAAGAUACAAAUUGAGCUUGGACAUGAUUGCUCAUGGUAUUCUUAGAGGAGAAAAAUAUCAAAGAAAGUCUAGUGGAAAUAUCAAUGUUGGUAAGGACUCGAUAUCCUCAUCGUUUAGGGAAAAGUUAUUCAAGACAUCAAGUGAGGAUGACAAUCCACUUCUCAACGCUAUCAGUAAUUUGAGAAUUCCAGAAUUUGAUCCAAGAAUCCAUUUUUGUCUUUUCAGAGCCGAUAUGGGUUCUCCAAAGUUUAAUCUCUUCACCUUGGAAAAUAUGGAAAGUGAAAUUGAUAAGGCCACCAGAGAAUACAUCCAAAGAGAGACUAGAAUUGAUUUGGAGACCAACACCAUUUAUGUAUCCAAGAUUUUCGAGUGGUUCAAAGAUGAUUUUGGUUCACAAAAAGAUCUAAUGGAAUACCUGUUCAAAUAUCUGGAUACCAAUGUAUCAAAUAAGAUUUGUAUUCUAAAGCAACGUGAUGUUGAUGAUAUAACAAUUGAGUACAAGUACAAUUCCUCACUCAAUAUUCCUUCCAAUAUUAGCAAUGAUGACAAUAAGGAAGUUAAUGUAGAGUUGGAAGUUAUUAGAUCGAGCGAAAAACUGAGACCCUAUUUUGUUUCCUAUUGUGAGCUGGAACACUCUGAGGAGAAUAUUCUUUUCUGGGCACGUGUUGAGGAAUAUAAAGCCCUAAUGGAUUCUUCAAAACAACUCGAGGAAGGAAGAAAGAUCUAUGACGAGUACUUACGCUUAGGAUCUGAGAGAGAACUAAACCUCUCUCGAAGAAUGGUAAAGGAAAUUGAAGUGGAGCUUUUAAAUGAAAAUGACGACAGCAUUAGAGCUGACAUUUUCGACCCUAUUCAAAGAGUAAUUUCCCUCCUAAUGAUCGACACUUAUGAAAGAUUUGUCACUAGUAAUCAUUACAAACAAGUUGUGGAAGUAUUGAGAGAAGAAAUGAAUAUAGAAAUUGAUACACCUCGUAAAUCUGUGAGUCCACUAUUCGUUUCCACCUCCUCUGAAGAUGUCAUUCAAUCAGAAGUCUCCUUCAGAGAGUUACAACACAGAAGAUCCAGAAUGACAGAUAUUCGUACCUCGGAUGCUCCUUUAACUUCCCGUACUUCUGCUGGCAAUAACACUCCAGAUUCUCCUGCAACAUCAUCCCCUAGUAAUUCACACCUAAACAAUCAACCAGCUGGUGAUGAGGAUUGUUCUUCUGAAACUCUAAUUUUUAAGAAGGACCCAAAUUGGAAAUCAGGUACUAAUGAUGAAUGUGAUGAUACAGUCCACCAUCAAUACAUUCUUCCAAAGUAUAUUAGAUGCUACAAUUGCAAUCAACAUUUAAAGUAUUUAAAACAAAGAACGUGCACCAUUGUUGCCGAGAUGGAACUGACUCAACCAAACAAACCCUUGCAACAAGUAAUUACCACAGGAACAGCCUUUCUAAUAUCACCAUUUAGAGAGAAUUCAAUUAAUUACUUGAUAACUUGUGCUCAUUGUGUUGUGUCUCACCAGAGCAAAGAUGGAGUAGAUUUUGAAGUGAAAAAUCUAGUUGUUAGUUUUACUAAUGUCAGAGAUUUAUUUGAGAGAACAGAUUCCAUCUCGUGCAAGGUUGUAAAAUGUGGAAAAUAUGAGAGGAACAAUGUUUCGCAAGAUUGGGCUUUGCUUUCGUUUGAGGGAUCAGAUUGUAGCAUUUCUAAAGAUCAAUUUGGAGGAAAUGUUAUACCCUCACCCUCGCUUGCAGCUAAUGAAUCUACAGGCGAGGAUGAUGUUUACAACAUUUUACUUGUUGGUUUAUGUUCUCCAUCUUUAAAGUCAAUAGAAAUGAAAGCAAAAGAAAUAGGCAUUGAUUUUUUAACACUGAGUAGAAUGAUACCAAAGGAAGCGGUAGAAUUUUCACUUGGGUGGAUCACUGAUAUUAAGGAAAAUAAGAUCUUCCACAAUGCUACAACGACCGAAUCUAGCUCUGGUGGGCCAAUAUUUAUAGGAAACCAUCAAGUCAAUGAGUUUAUGGAUCUUUAUAGAACAUCUGAUAUUUUGCAAAAGAACAAAACUGCUUUCAAAGACUAUAUCCAGUCACACAAAUUUUCCAGCAGAAUAGUAGGUGUUCAUUGUGGUCAUAAUGUUGAACAUUUCAAGAAUGUGGCAUGUUCUGUCCUCUCAUGGUUUGGAGCUUUUUAUGAAAUUUAUUUGGAGCUUAAAGAAAGUUAUUCCCUGGAGGAGCAGGAACUGAUCGAAAACGAAAACCUGUUCAUGGAACAGAAAUUGAAUGAGAAAUAA